AUGUCUUGCUACGACCUGUGCACCCCCUCUGCCUGCGGCGUCGCCUGCCCCCAGCCUCUUGCCAACAGCUGCAACGAGCCCUGUGUGCGCCAGUGCCCCGACUCCACCACUGCCAUCCAGCCUCCUCCGGUCGUGGUCACCUUCCCUGGCCCCAUCCUCAGCUCCUUCCCUCAGGAUGCUGUGGUGGGAUCCUCUGGAGCUCCCUUCCUGGGGGGCUAUGGGGGCUACGGAGGCUACGGCUCCCUGGGCUACGGGGGUCUGUGGGGCUACGGAGGCCAUGGGGGCUACGGGGGCUAUGGGGGCUACGGGGGUCUGUGGGGCUACGGGGGCUACGGGGGCUACAGGGGCUAUAGAGGCUAUGGCUCCCUGGGCUAUGGGGGCCUGUGGGGCUAUGGUAGACCCUAUGGCUCUGGCUAUUGGGGCUACAACAGGUGCAACUGGGGCAGCUGUGGGCCCUGCUAG